GUUACCUUGAUGUUACACAUAUGUAGAUCAUCUUAUUUUAUAGAAGGCAGAACAAUCCAUAUUCCAAAAAGUAUUAUGUUCUCAGCAAUUAAAGAAGAGAAUCUUAGUGCCCCCGUUACUGAAGAAAAAUAUGAAGUAGAAAGCGAUGACGCCGAUGAUGUUAAAAAGGCUGAACAGAAAUUUAAGGCAAAAUAUCAAAUUUCAAACAAACCUUUAUCCUCAAACUUUUUACAAAAGAGAUUACAGAAAGGGCAAAAGUUUUUUGAUUCCGGUGACUACAACAUGGCUAUAGCUAGCAAAAACAAAUCCAAUAAGGCGCCUGCUGACAUAACAUUAAACAAUUCUAAUACCAUGGUUUUUAAUCCUAAUAUCUCUUCCCCUAAUAAAUUGAUUAAUAACACGGUUUCAAAUUCAAAAAUAAAUGACGAAUCCAAAAAAAAAAACUUCGAAAAUGUAAUCAUAUGUGACAAGGGUACUUGUGUUGAACAGGGUGUUAUUGAUAAUUUAACCUUACACAAAGAAUAUAGAGAAGAUUUAGAUUUAAAUAAUAUAAAAAUCAAUUCUAGCAAGAAAAAAGUUGCUGAUAUACCUAUCAAUUCAAACUCGGCCUUUUUUGACUCUUCUAAUAAUAUCGUGAAGGAAAAAACAGAAUUGAAGGAAGUUAAUAAAAGAAGAGAAAGCACUUCGCUAGGCCAUGAAUCAAAUCCCGGCCUCGACAAAAAUUUAGAAGACAUAAUGGGAAGGGUCAUUCCAACUCCUGAGAAUGUGCCUGCUCGAAAAGCUAGUAUACCUAUAUUGCUAGGCAGCAACACUAUUGGCUUGCCAGCUUCACUUAAAUCUACCCAACAAUCUCACCCACAUUUGACAGUUUAUAACCAUAAUCAAUCUCAUAGACACUCUUCACUUCAAUAAUAUGGAUAUCUAGUGGAGCAAACCAUAUAAAUGUUAUUGUUUUUAUCCCUUAUACUAUAUUCUAAUUUGUAUUUCUUAUUAUAUCGAUAAGAAAGGUAAACAAAAUUAAAUUAUAAUCAAAUUUUGUAACCCAUUUUCUUAAUAUUUAAUGGAAGGAUUUUAAAUUGUUUUUUUUUAAAAAAAUACUUUUUAUAAAUAUCAUUGAAAAGAUUUUUUUGUGUAUUUUUGCAAAAUUCUAUUUUUAUAAAUAUUAUAGAUGGCGAUUUAUAAAAUCAAUUUUCUCCCUUUAUAUUUAAUAUAAUAUGUUAAUUUUUUUAUUGCUACACCUAUUCAUAG